AUGUUGGCCCACUUCAGUCGGACCAUUUCGCAGGAACUGUUCGAUCUGUACGGCCUAGUGCUGCAGUUCCUGGUGACCGGUGAGACCACCGUUUUAUACUACAACCCAAGCGGCCUCAACUGCAGCUGGCAUUGGCUCUGGCAGCGGAACCUGACCACCAAUCCACAGAUUGUCUGGCAGAGUGCUGAGCCUGCAGUGGACCUAGUUCAACAGUUCAGCAGCAAUCUCUUUGUCCUGGCCUGCCUGUCGCGGGAGUCCAACGAGUGGGAGCUCAUGGGCCUGUCCUCGAGCCUGAGCCAUCUCCGAGGGGUGCGUGUGCUGAUCGAUGUAGCUGGCCCUGGCAGGAACGAGGAACUUAUGGCUACUAAAAUCUUGUCGUAUUGCCUCAAGAACAGCAUGCUGAAUGUGAUGUUGUAUUUUCAGCGAUGGAGUCGCCAUUUGUUCGUCUACAGCUUUCGGGCCUUCCCGCACUUUGUGCUCAUAAAACAGAGAAUUCUCAGCCCCGGCUCACCCAGACCUCAGAUGUUUGCGGACCAACUGGCAGAUAUUAAAGGCAAAGAGAUUAUUGCCAUACCGGACUUUUCGCCCCCAAAUUCCUUCGAGUACACGGAUGCAAAUGGAGAGACACGAGUCGCUGGCUACCUUUGGACGUUCAUCGCAGAAUUUGCGAGCAGCUUGGGGGGCAGGCUGAAAGUGUCGUACCCCACAUGGGCUACGGGCAGGACAGCUUCCAGCCUGUACAUGCUGGAGGUGACCAGGAAUGCCAGCGUGGACUUUGGACUCACGCCCACCAUGGUAACGGAGAAGAACAUCAAAUGGUACUACCAGUACUCCUAUCCCAUGCUCUACUCCAGCUGGUGCAUAAUGCUGCCCAUGGAGCGACCCAUACCCGUAUUCUCGCUAUUCCAUCGGGUUUUGAGCUGCGAGGCCGUGAUUGUGGUGCUGGCAGCCAGUCUAGUUUUUGGCCUGCUGGUUCCGGCGCUAUUCAAAUGUCUGGGGAUCGACUUUCGCUGUAAAUUGGUGCACUUGACGCCUCGGCUACUGGCCCUCGUCCUGGUGUGCGCCUGCGCGGCCCAACUGCUCUCCUUGCUGAUCUCGCGACCGGCCUCAGCCCGGAUUGAUAGCUUCGAUGAUCUGUUGCGAUCGGGUCUGAAGAUAUUUGGGAUGCGCAGCGAGUUCUAUUUCUUCGAUGGGGAUUUCCGCGCCAAGUAUGCGGCGGCUUUCCAUUUGACCAACAAUCCCACCGAUCUCUACGACAAUCGGAACCAUUUCAACACCACGUGGGCCUACACUAUUACCAGCGUGAAGUGGGCUGUCAUUGAAACCCAGCAGCGCCACUUUCCGCGUCCUGUGUUUCGCCUGUCCCGCGACAUGUGCUUUAAUGGGUACUUGCCGAGUAGCCUGCUCAUCCCGCCGGAGUCUGUCUACCGGGACCGGCUGCAGCAGUUUACCCUGCGAAUGGAACAGUCGGGCCUAAUUUCGCAGUGGAUUCGGAUGAGCUUCUACGACAUGGUCAGGGCCGGACAGAUGACCAUCAAGGACUACAGUCAGUCCCAGCAGCUGCGUGCUCUCACCCUGCAGGACCUUCAGCUGGCCUGGCGCCUGAGUGGCCUGGGAGUGAUCAUUUGCGUCGUCGCAUUCGUCCUAGAACUGCUGCGAUUCUACACGCCCGUCUUUCUGAACAGCCUAUAG